AUGUCGCUUGGCGCCUCUGCUUCCUCGGUGUCUGCUGCCAAAGCGGCCUUGCGCAAGCAGGUGCGCGCUAGCCUGAAGAUCCUGGAUGACGCUGAAUUGAAUCGCCAAAGUGAGGCCGUUUGCGAACGACUGGUGCGCAGCAGCCUCUUCACGGCGAGUCAGAGGAUUGGCAUCUUUCUCGCGAUGCCCAUGGGAGAGCUCCGGACAGGGCCUAUAUUGCGGCAAGCCUACUCCAGCGGAAAGCAGGUCUUCUGCCCGCGGGUGAUGGGGGAUGGCUGGAUGGAGUUCUUUGAGGUAAAAACCUCGGAGGAAGCUUCGGCUCUGCCGCUGUCGAAGUGGAAGAUCCCCGAGCCUCCGGAGCAUUUUCCCAAAGUGGAGCCAUGGGAUUUGGAUCUUCUGCUGGUCCCGGCCGUGGCUCUGGACCUGAGUCGGAGGCGCUGUGGUCAGGGCAUGGGCUUCUAUGAUCGCUAUGUGCAGCGCGCGAAACAGCGACCGGAGGGAAGCCGGCCUUUGAGAUCGAUUGGGCUUGGACUUCUGCAGCAAAGACAGGAUGAAGUGCCCUGUGAGUCGCAUGACGAGCUGCUUGACGCAGUCGUCUUUCCCGAUUGUGACAUUUUCGCGACUGACUGCGAGCCAGCAGCAGCCAGAGCACGUGCUGGGCCAGCGGUAAGUCCUGACUGGCCUUUGCCUCCUGUGAGCAAGUCAACGAGCAGCACUGUGGACGUUUGGCCAACAAUAGCACCUCAGGCCCGCCUUCCGCCUAGCAGCCUGCCUGGCAAAAGGACGCCGAUGCGUGUUCGGGGUGCGGAGGCAGGGAAUGCGGAUCAACGUCCUCUCUCACCGGAUGGCGGAGUGCAGACCGUGAAACGUGACUACACUUGGCUUCUUCGGGUCAUUUCAGAAAUCGUUCCCAGUGAAGGAGGGGGAAUUCCUGGCACGGUGAGUUACGACGGUACUUGGGUGCCAGACCCUGCUUCCUUACAAGGGAAGCUGGGCAUAAUGUUGCCGGACACAGUCAUCCUGGAGAAGGGGAAGCCCAAGAGGAGGUAUCACAUCGAUCCCGCGGGCCGGAUCCAGGUGACCCGGAUGAAGACCUCCGCGGAGCUCCUGCGGGUUUUGCGCGACUUUGUGCGGAAGGCCAUCAAGCCAAGGGAGCCAGGAAGCCGUCAAGAGAGCAAAGAUGGAAAGGCUUUGGGUGGCAGCCGAUCUGAAGGUUCUCUGCAGGCUGUCCCGGGCAUAUCUUCAACCGGGAUGGCCUCAACCCUGGAUAGUUGUACAUCCAGCGCAGGACCCCCGUCAGUUCCAAUUCCACAGAUCGAGGUUGCUGUGCUCUGCUACGAUGACGGACUGUCUCGGCUAAUGAUGCUUGCUGAGGCCGUGAGCCAAAUCAGAGGUGCCAGCAAGUUGCCACGCGAGCUCCCUUCUCAGUCAUUCCACCCCGCUAUCGGCUAUUCUCCGGCCUUUCUCGAGAAAGCCUACGUGUCUGCCGACCUUCAGAGCAAGAUGAGUUCUGACUCCGCUGACAGGUGUGGACGCCUGCCCGACAGCCAGCGAACCAGUGACGACGAUCCUGAAGCCGUUCCAAACAGCGAGGAGGCUUCAAGGUGGCCUAGUGAGCGCCACCCAGGCACUGGAGCUGGCAUCGCCGAGACAGACAGCCUUCUCUUCGGAUCAAACCCAUCGCCACAGGUGACGACAACUGCGGGAACGCUCGGCGAAACGGUGCAGCCUCCCAGCGAGCCGGAGCCGGUUGCAACGGUUGCACCAACUUUCCAGGAAACCACUGUAGUCACGACCAUGGCCCCUGCUCCGCCGGGGCAGGUCCGGCUCCAGGGUUAUCCCUCCGUGCCUGUGGCGAACGUCUUGUGCUUGCCGAAGGUCGGUGCGUUCCAGGGACAAGUCAUGGGCAUCGCAGGAAGCAACGAGUUCUUCGAGAUAGCUCUGGACAUCAACAGUCUUACGUCGAACGCUGAAGUGUUGUGGAUGGCCGUCGCACUGACGGUCAUCAUAGCCUUCAUCUUCCUCUGCCUGGUUGAAUAUCUUGGUCUGUUCUUGAUGCGGCUGUCUGUUGCUUUCGUGGUCACAGCUCCGGCGGCCAUUGGUUUCUAUUUCCUCGCGUUGUGGUUUCAAGACGAAACUUCUCCUGUUGCGUCACAGAUCGCAACGAUGAGUCAAGGCUACAUCUCUGAUGACCAGGGACUUCUGGUUGCUGGGACUUUCGGCGUGGGUGUGUCGAUCAUAUUCGGCCUUCUGGCGUGCUUUCAGUACUCCUCGCUUAUGAAGGCAACAGAAGCUGCGCAGGAGGCUGCAGACUGCAUCAUGACAAUGCCGACCCUGUUGGCCGAGCCAAUCCUCAGCUUGAUCUUGAAGGUACCGUUCAUCGUUGGUGGGGUGGUCUUGAUCCUUGUGCUCGUGACAUCUGGAGACUAUCAGUCUGUGGAUCUGACGAAACCUUCCAGCCUCUUCAAUCCAGAUGACCUCGCAUUGACCAGCGCAGUCUAUGCAACUUUCAUGUUCCUCUGGCUCAUGGAACUCCUGCACUACAUCUCCGUUUUUGUGGUGAUCUACACUGCAGAGACCUGGUAUUUCAAACACUAUGGGACUUCGCGUACCAACUUUUGUGGCACCUGUGGGCCGUCCGUGAUGCUUCAAGCCUACUGCGCCGCUGUCACCUCUCACCUGGGCUCCUUGAUCUUUGCGUCUUUCCUGAUGGUGACUCUGCGGAUAGUGCGUUGGAUCGUGAAAGCCCUUCUCAGUGCGCAGGAGGGGUUGAGCACAAACCCAGUCACGAGCUGCAUUGCCCAGGCUUUGAGCAUCUUUACAGAUGCUUGCCUCGCCUGCGUUCAGCGUAUCCUCGACUUGACCAGCCAGGUCGCUCUCAUGGACAUAGCGUACCACGGAGACUCGGGCUUUUGCGGAGCCACCCAGCAUGCUUUGGAGGUUAUCUUCUCCAACCGAUCCGUUUGGUUGGCCGUCGAAGGCGUUUGCUUGGUCUUCAUCGCGGUGGGAAUAGCUGGAAUCGGUGCAGGCACGUGUGUCCUUACAUACAUGAUCACGAAUUCCGUCACCCGCUACACGGACAUAGACAGCCCAAAUCACGUGUCAGAUCCACAAGAGGUGGCGGUGGUGGCCGGCGUCAUCGGCGUUUUCCUAGGCUGGACAAUGCUUCAUCCCUUCAUCACUAUUGCAGAUACCAUGGCGUACUGCCAUGGCUUCACGGCGUAUGAGGAGAAGAUGAGUGCUCAGGCCGAUGUGGAAGAAGCCACCUACCAGAACUGCUAUGGCUGUUGGACAAAGCCAGCCCGCGAGACCGACCUCCUUCUCAAGACGGACAAAAAGGAAGCCCAGGUGCCCAUCCAAAGCAGAAAGGCCGGUGUACCUACGAGGUAUAUCACCUACAGCUUCGACAUCAACAACGGUGGCUUGGACCCGCAGGAGCCCAUGCCGCUUGGUGGUGGUGCACGACUUCGACUACGAUCUGCAAGUCGCACGGUUCGUGGCGCAGAUCAUGACCUCAAGGAGAUGUACGAAAUUUUCGAGGGAUCCGUGCGGCACGAGGACAAGGCCUCUCCAUUAGCUCCCGAGGUUCGCGGCGCAGAUCAUGACCUCAGGGAGAUGUACGAUAUGUUUGAGGGAUCCGUGCGGGAUGAAAUCAGGCUGCUCCAUGACUACGUUCGGGUGCAAUUCUCAGCGCAGGCAGAGCAUCUGAGAGAGUUGAGCUCGCAGCUGCGGAAGGGAUCUUUGCAGGCCUCCCAGCAGUCAGACGGACGCUCAAAUCCGGAAGACAUCGACUUUAGCAGACUGGACAGGCUUCUGGCCUCUCAUGGUUUGGAUCUGCAUCUCGAGAAGUCUCCUGACGUGCGAGCUCCGAACAAUCCUCUCGAAGGUGCUGGGCAGCUGUUGGAAGAAGAUGGCAUCACCCCGGACAAUCCCAAAGGGCCCAAACCACCGAGGGUUUCAGAUAACGUGCUUCAAGUACCGCUUCCAGAGAGCUCUGCACCGUCUGAGGAUCCGCGUGUUUCCCCGUCCCACUCCGUUGCAAGCCUGCGUUCAGCGCACAGCAAGAAGACUCCGCCGCCCGAAAAUCCCGAAAGUCCGCAUGCCCCUAAGCGGGAUAGCUCUCGCUUCAGUUUCGUCCGUUCACAGAUGGUUGCACAGCAGAGGGUUGCCAGAGCUGCCGCCUCUCGCGUGGAGCGUGCAAUAUCACUCGCUCCGCCUCAGCAUGAGAAUCUAUCGCUAAAGGACAGGAUCGGACAGGUGGUUGCCUCAAACCUCUUUGUGUAUGGCAUCAUGUCUCUGAUCUUCAUCAACCUGCUCAUGCUGGGAAUUGAGGUGGAAAUCUCCGCAUCAUUGGGAACAAACGACAUACCCCAAUGGUUUGAGAUCGUCAACCUGGUGAUUGUAGUCAUAUUUGUUCUGGAAAUCACAUUAAAGUUCUUCGCGUUUGGUUGCCGGAAAUUUUUCCUGGGUCCUGAUGGACACUGGAACAUGUUCGACUUGGUCAUUAUCCUACUGUCUUGCCUGGAGACGGCCCUGGAUGGAAUUGCCGCAUCACAAUCCGCAUCACAGGUAGAGUUGAGCCACCUCCGUGUCAUGCGCUUCAUGCGCUUGGCCCGGACGUUGCGUGGAAUCCGAGUCAUCCGACUGCUCCGCUAUGUCGGCGCCUUGCGAACUCUUGUGUUCUCCAUCCUGAACACCAUGAAGUCACUGUUGUGGACUCUGAUCCUUCUUUGCUUGCUAUUUUAUUCAUUCGGCGUGGUGUUGACCCAGCUUGUGCAAGAUCAAUGCAGGUUCGAAGCGAUUGCAGCUACCGGAAACACCAAUGCAGUGCCCCAUUGCGAAGAUGGUGUGCUUGAUAAGUAUUGGUCGAGCAUCUUCGAAAGUAUGUUGACGUUGUUUAUGGCCAUAUCAGGUGGCUUGAGCUGGGGUGAAGCAUUGGAUCCGUUGAAAAGCUUUUCACUCAUUGCAGUGGCCUGCAUGGUGUUCUAUGUGCUAAUCGCAGUAUUUGCAGUUAUGAACGUGGUUACUGGUGUUUUCUGUAACACAGCCAUCGAGAGUGCGAACUCCGACCGCGACAUCAGGGCCAUUGAGCAGUUGAACAAGCAGACGACUUUGGUCAAAUCUUUGAAAGAGCUCUUCCAGGAGAUUGACCAUGACAAUUCGAACAUGGUCAGCAUUGACGAGUUCAGGACAGCUGUGAACACCCCAAAAAUGUCUAGUUUUCUCGAAUCGAUGGGAAUAUCAACUCAAGAUGUGUGGACUUUGUUCACCAUUAUUGAUGCGGACUCAAGCGGGCUGAUUGAUCUGGAUGAGUUUGUUGGAGGAUGCAUGGAGUUGCAUGGGCCAGCAAAGAGCUUCCAGAUGUCGAAGAUGAGCUAUGAGAACAAGAUUACACGACAGGCGAUCAAGAAGCUUGUCAAAGAGACCUCAGACGUGAAGAACCAGCUCGUGUUUGCUGUCCGGGCCCUUGAGGCAUCAGGACGCAACUGGGCUCUCGCUCAGAAGUCGGCGGAAUCAGAGGCCGCCCGACUUGCUGCCGUACCCAAACGCCUGAAUGAUCAUCUGCGGUCCAAGUCCAGGAGGGUUGGCAUGGAGAUUGUGCAGGGCCAGUUUGAGUUUGUCCUUGACGAGGCCGAUGGAACUCUAUGGCUGGCCAAUGCGUCAAAUCUUCGCUGCAGAUUCCUGCCGAAGUCUUCCAGUGAGGACAAGAACGGUGCAAACUCUGAAGAAGAGGUCGUCCGUUUUUUCGAGGAAGAAGAGUUUGAGGAAGAGUUGCGGGACACGGAGAAGAAGAUGGAGCAGCUGCGGAAGAGAUUCGGUGGCGAUCCUGGCGUAGCGCAUGGUGGAACAGGAGUUUCGGGCAUCACUGUCAGCGCCUCUGACCAACUGGCUGGAGUCCGAGUACCCAACAACCUUGUACGAUUUUAUCAGGAGGAGGAGAAAAUGCUGCGCUACUAUGAGGAUGAGAUUCGGGUGUUGGCCCUGAGGCCUUUGAAGCCACUCGCCGAAGGACGAGCUGUUGGGCUCGGCUGCUGGUUCCGACGCUGGGUGAAGAGCGUGAAAGCCCCGCGGCCAGGAAGGCUGGCCAUACUUGAGUAA